CCCCCUUCCCCCAGCCGCUACCUCCGGGGGACGGUUGUGGCCCCACUGACGAGUAUUUUCCAAAUAAAUCAGUGUUGAUUCUUGCGGCGGCGGGGCCGAACACGUUUAUUUAUUUUUAAUUUUCUCAACAAGCAUUUACCCUGCACUUGUCCAGCGAAACACCUUGCUAAGCGUUUCGAGGGCGCACCCGCCGGAUAGGAAGCCACGAGUCCCGGACUGAUCAGCUGGUGGAAACCCGCAUUUGCAACGCCCUCCGAUGUUUUGAGAAUCGCUGCGUCUUGUCACUACUGGUGUGCACAGAAUCCUCCUCAAGGAACGUCUUGGUCCAGCGAUGCAAAGAACUGACGUUUCAAGCAGCAAGAGCCUGUGUUGUCUUUGGAAUAAUAUAGAAGAAUUCAAGAUAGGAGAGAGAGAGGCAGCUGCGAAUGAAGACUGUAACAGAAAACCAGAAGGAACACCGAAGACGAAGAAAAUUUCCCAGGACCAAGAGGGUAACCCAGAAGAAGCCGUCUUUAGGACCUGUUUGCCGGCUAUGCCUUCAAGAGCCUGGGGAUCCUGAAAAACUAGGGGAAUUUCUUCAGAAAGACAAUCUCAGCGUGCAUUAUUUCUGUCUCAUCCUAUCUAGCAAGCUGCCUCAGAGGGGCCAGUCCAACAGAGGUUUCCAUGGAUUCCUGCCUGAGGACAUCAAAAAGGAGGCGGUCCGGGCUUCUAGGAAGACCUGCUUUGUGUGCAAGAAAAAGGGAGCUGCUAUCAAGUGCCAGAACAAUCAGUGCUUCAGAAACUUCCACCUGCCUUGUGGCCAAGAAAGUGGUUGCCUUUCCCAGUUUUUUGGAGAGUACAAAUCGUUUUGUGGAAAACAUCGCCCCACACAGGACAUCCGUCAGGGGAGUGUGGGGGAGGAGAGCUGCAUCUUGUGUUGUGAAGCGUUAUCCCAAGCCAGCAUGGGGAACAUCCGGAGCCCGUGCUGCAGCCGGGCCACCUACCACCGUGCGUGCAUACAGAAAUACGCCCACACGUCAGCGAAGCAUUUCUUCAAAUGCCCACAGUGCAACAACCGGGAGGAGUUCCCUCGAGAAAUGCUAAGAAUGGGGAUUCAUAUUCCAGACAGAGAUGCUGCCUGGGAGCUGGAACCGGGGGCGUUCGCAGAGUUGUACCAGCGCUACCGGCACUGCGAUGCCCCCGUCUGUCUGCACGGACAAGGCAGAGACAGCUUUGAGGAUGAAGGGAGGUGGUGCCUCAUUCUGUGUACGACCUGCGGAGCCCAUGGAACCCACAGGGACUGCUCCAACCUCAGGUCCAGCAGUAAGAGAUGGGAGUGUGAGGAGUGCGCGCCUUCCGCUUCUGCUGCAGACUCCAUACCUGAAAACUCGGGUGACAUCCCCUCCUGCAGCAGCACCUUCCGCUCCGAGGAGCAUUUCUGCCAAGACCCCAGCUUGGAGGAGAAUCCAGGUCCUUCUUGGACUGACUGCCCAGGACCUUCCUUACUAGAAAAGUCAGAGUCCUCUGGUGGCAGGAGGGUCCCUGCCUGGCAGUCCAAGGGUGUCCACAGCACGAAAAGCGGCAGAAAGUUUCUGUAACCGCGUCGGAGUCACCUCUGCCGAGCAGUUGGUCCGUGAAGCCACACUCUGCCAUCGAGUUUGGGGAAGGAGCACCGUGGCCUGUGACACAGGAAGGGGCCAGCAGGGACACCAGGAGCCAGGGGAAGACAUGCCCUCAGAGCGUGGGGAGCGCAGUCCAAACGCUGAGAGCCUCUACCCGCGCUCCUGACUCCCAGAGGGCCUGUCCCUCUUCCACCCUCACUCUCACCCCUUAAUCUAGUCCUCACGGCCUCUUCUUACUUCAUCCAAACCUUUGUGAUUAUGCAAAUAAAGGUUUCUGUCCACUGCU